ACCUGACAGUGUCUAUCACGUGACGUAAUCACAUGACCGUCACAUGAUCAGAGAUCUCGUGAUUAUUUACCUGUAAUAAUAAGGAAGGAAGAAAGUUAUAUUGUCAUUCUUAGGGCCAAUUGUUUUAAGAUCCAUCAAGAUGAAGGUGUUGAUAAUUUUGUCUGUAUUGGUGGUUUUAGCCUGGGCAGCACCCCGAAAACCUGAUUUUGGUUUAUUGACUGAUGUAGAAAUCGAUUACAUCAACAAAGUUCAGACAUCAUGGAAGGCUGGUAGAAAUUUUGCUGAGAAUAUUGACAAGAAAUACAUCUACAGAUUGAUGGGCGUGGCUGAAGGAUCACAAAAAUAUCACGAUCAACUUCCAAUAAAAGUCCAUAAAAAACAAGAUUUACCUGAAAACUUUGAUGCACGUGAACAGUGGCCAAACUGUCCAACUCUUAAAGAGGUCAGAGAUCAAGGUAGCUGUGGUUCCUGCUGGGCAUUUGGAGCUGUAGAGGCAAUGUCUGAUAGAAUUUGCAUUAGCUCUAAUGGAAAAGUAAAUCACCAUAUUUCUGCUGAGGAUCUGAUGACUUGCUGCCAUCUUUGUGGAUUUGGAUGUAAUGGUGGUUUCCCUGCUGCUGCUUGGGAUUUCUGGAAGACAGAAGGUCUUGUUACUGGAGGCCAAUACAAUUCACACCAGGGAUGUCAACCCUAUGAAAUAAAAUCCUGUGAUCACCAUGUUGUGGGCCAUCUUAACCCUUGUGGUGGUGAAGAAAAAACACCAAAAUGUUCUCAUACCUGUGAAGCUGGCUUUAAUGGAACUUACAGUUCAGAUAAACAUAAAGGAAGCUCCUCUUACCAAGUAAGAAGUGUAGAACAAGUUAUGACUGAAUUGGUGAAUAACGGACCAGUAGAAGCUGCCUAUACUGUCUAUGCUGAUUUUGUAGCUUAUAAAUCAGGUGUUUACCGACACACCAGCGGUGCUGCUCUUGGAGGUCAUGCCGUCAAAAUUUUAGGUUACGGAGUUGAGAAUGGAGAUAAAUACUGGUUGGUUGCCAAUUCCUGGAACUCAGACUGGGGUGAUAAAGGUUUUUUCAAAAUCCUUAGAGGUGUUGAUGAGUGUGGAAUCGAAAGUCAGAUCGUCGCUGGUGAACCAAGAAUGUAAAAAUAAAAACUAUCAAAAAAAUUCAUCCUCAUCAUUAUGAUUGUACAUAUAAUACAUUGACUUCUGCUACAUCCCAACCUACACAGUUGAAAUGUUAAAUUCAGGCGAUUUAUUCAUGUAUUUGAAUAAUUUCGAACAGUGUUUAGGUUGUUUUUCUCCACCAUAAUGUAUUCAAUUAAGUAUUUUUAUAAUAAUGGUGUACUCCAUAUCAAAACAGCUCAAAUAGUGUUAGCACUAUAAACAAAACUAGUGUUAGACUGACGCCUUGUAUUGGUCACAAAACCCACACAACUAGUGAAUACAGCCAAAUACUAUUUAUAAAUGCUUCGGUGAAGAAACGAUUUAUAAAUGCUUCUGUGAAAAAACGUCUAAUGCUCAUGUCAUUGUCUAAAUUAGGUAGUUGAUUGUACAUUAAAAAACUCGUGGACUAUUCUGUCUUUCAAACAUAUGAAGUUUGAGUAAAAAUUUAAAUGGGGUUUUUUUGCAGAAGGAUUACAAUCGUUUAUAUAUGGGUUAUUUCCCUUAUUUAUUAAUUUAAACUGACAACAUUUCUCAGAUUAAUUUAUGUAAAAUUCCUUAAAAAUGUGAUAAAAUUUUUCUUAAAAUUUGUAUUCUUAUAGAUUUUUAAUUUGUGAUUAAUACACUACUUUAAAAUUA